AUGCCACUUCCAACUCACCCUCCCGCUCGCUCGCCUCUGGACCGACACAGGCAGCUAGCCCCGUCCGCCUCUGUCCGAGUUUCCCCACUUUGCCUGGGCGCCAUGAACUUUGGUGAAGCAUUGAAGGGCAGCCUCGGCGAAUGUACCAAGGAGACCGCAUUCGAGAUCAUGGACUACUUCGUUAGCCAAGGUGGAAACUUCAUCGACACAGCCAACAACUACCAAAACGAAGAAUCCGAAACCUGGGUCGGCGAGUGGAUUGCCUCGAGAAAGAUUCGUGAUGAACUUGUCCUUGCUACAAAGUUCUCGAGCGCCUACAAGACCCACGAAUCUGGCAAGAUUCAAUCAAACUAUGGCGGAAACGGCGCCAAGUCCAUGCGCGUUUCCUUGGACCUCUCGUUACAGAAAUUGCAGACAUCUUACAUCGACCUUUUCUACCUGCACUGGUGGGACUACACUGUUUCGAUCCCGGAGCUUAUGCACGCCCUUAACGACCUGGUCGUCAGCGGCAAGGUCAUUUAUUUGGGUAUAUCCGAUUGUCCCGCUUGGGUGGUUGCCAAGGCCAACCAGUAUGCGCGCGAUCACGGCUUGCGCCAGUUCUCUGUUUACCAGGGUCUUUGGAACGCUUCCAUUCGCGAUUUUGAGAGGGAGAUUCUGCCCAUGUGUCGUGAUGAGAAUAUGGGUGUUGUUCCCUGGGGAACACUGGGCCAGGGCCGGUUCCAGACUGAGGCAUCUUAUAAGGAGCGGGAGCAAAACAAUCCUGGCCGUAAGGGACGGCCUCCUACUGAGAACGAGAAACUGGUUGCUAAGGUGCUAGAUGAGAUUGCUACUCAGAAGGGUACGGAUCUUACUAGUGUUGCCCUUGCGUAUGUCCGCCAGAAAGCUCCAUAUGUUUUCCCGAUUGUUGGAGGCAGGAAAGUUGAGCAUCUCAAGGGCAACAUUGCGGCGUUGGAAUUGUCUCUCACUGUCGAGGAGGUGGCGCACAUCGAGUCAGCUUAUAAGUUUGACCAUGGCUUCCCUCAUACUUUCCUCAGCGGCUCUCUGUUUGAUGGCUCUACUUCACGUACCCCCAACGGUCCUGGUGAUGUGUGGCUGACGAACCUUAUGGGCAACUUUGACUGGAACUAG